CGCCACCUGUAAGCAGGGUUUAAAAGCGAAGCCUGCGGUCGGCCCAAGUCCGAGCGCCGCGGAGCGUCCGUUAGGGUUUGUAUCGUCUUAGCGGAAGAAAUUUCUGCGAGAGAAGCAAUUCUCAGAGACACGAGCUUGGCAAACCUUAGAUAGGUCUGGUAGGUUGUAGAAAAGGGAAGAAACCAUGGAGGCGGCGAAGGAGAAGCUGGCCGCUGUUAACGGCGGGGAAGUGGAAGAUGAGGAGGUAGAAGAGGUAGAGGAGGAGGUCGAGGAGGAGGUCGAGGAGGAGGUUGAGGAGGUAGAGGAGGACGAGGAGGAAGAGGGAGGAGAUGGCGAAGGAGCGGGAGAGAGGAAGAAGAAGUCUCCUGGAAGGAGGAUAGAACAUGUAGAUAGUGCAGGCAAGGAGUUAAAGCAACACGUUAGCGGUUCUUCUUCUUCAGGAAAAAUCUUCGUUGGUGGUGUUGCUUGGGAAACAACCGUAGAGACAUUCACUAAUCACUUUGCGAAGUAUGGGGAGAUCACUGAUUCCGUUAUAAUGAAGGAUAAGCACACCCAGAUGCCUAGAGGAUUUGGAUUCAUUACAUUCGCUGAUCCAUCCGUCAUUGAUAAGGUUUUGGAGGAGGAGCAUUCUAUUGAUGGGCGGGUGGUUGAAGUCAAGAGAACAGUUCCAAGGGAGGAGAUGCCACCAGCAGGAGGUCCCAAGAGCAAGAAAAUCUUUGUGGGAGGAAUACCGACGUCCUUGACAGAUGAUGAGUUCAAGGAGCAGUUCUCCUCUUACGGUGUAGUGGUUGAUCAUCAGAUAAUGGUGGACCACACCACUGGACGUUCUCGAGGCUUUGGCUUUAUCACUUUUGAGAGUGAGGAUCCUGUUGACAAGAUUAUUUCUAAGGGUAGGAUGCAUAAUCUUUUUGGGAAGAAGGUUGAAAUCAAGAGGGCUGAACCCAAGAAAGCUGGUGGAGAAAAUGGAAGAGCUGGUGGUUCAUUUGGAUACCGGGGUGGCUCUUAUGGCAGCGGUGGCGGUGGCGGUGGCUACCGUUCCGUGGGUGUGGGUGGUAGCAAUUAUGGAGGAAGGGCGGGCGGCGGUGGCGGUGGUUUCUAUGGCAGAGGUGGCUAUGGCUACAGCUAUGGUGGCGGUGCUGGUUUUGUUCCUGGCUAUGGGGAGCCUAUGUAUGGUUCAGCUGCAUAUGGGGGCGGUGGCAAUAAUCUCUACGGUGCUGCAGCUGGUGGUUAUGGCCCUGCUUAUGGUGGUUAUGGUGGAGGUGGUGGUGGCAGUGGCCGGGGGUAUGGGAGCCGUUACCACCCCUAUGGAAGAUAAAAAAUUGAGGUUUUUUUCUUUCUUCCAAUUAAUUGUUUUUGAGACGUGUUGGUUUUGCUUGUCUUAUGGAUGUUCGAUUUUGUUUUCAAGUGUAACUUUGUUCUCAACAUGGAGCUGAAUCAUUUUACAAGAGUUUUAAUGUUCCAGCUGUGGUGAUUGUGUUGCCGAACGCUAA